GAGAUUCUUGGACACUGCAUACUUUGGUGGAUUUUGUGAACCUAGCAAAAAUUUGAGUGAAGUUUGUACAAUGCAUGCUAAUUGCUGUUUUGGACUGGAAAGCAAACUUCAUGAUCUUAGAAUCCUGCUUCAAGACUGGAAAAGCUUCUUGUCAUUGCCACCAGCACAGAAGAUAUCAUCGGCUGUAUCAUGGCGAGUUCCUCAAAACUGCAGUCUUGAUUCUCUCCGUCGCUAUGCUCCACCACCAUUGGAUGUAGAAGAGUUGAACAGACGUAGAAGAUUAGUCAGAAUUUUGUGAUUUUAGUUGCUGUUGUUUUAGAAAUUAGAAUAGAAAGGUAAAGAUUUUUUUUCCUUUUCCAUUUCCUUCCCUCAUCUUGAGUCACUAUGAUUUUUCCGAGUGAUAUCAGCAAUUUACUGGGGGAAGUUAUGUUUCAGGUUAAUAUAAAAAGAUAAGGAAAUCUAAAAUGCUCACGCUGAUUACUGUAAGUCUGUAAGUUCUGUAAACAUAUCAUUUGAGUGAGUAUAAGAGAAAAAAUCUAACAUAACC